CAUUUAGGUAUGCAGUAUACUGAUGCUCAUGAGUUGUCUACGAAAACUCGCAAAACAAUUACAAUGCUUGAUUAUUACGCAUAUUGUUGCCACUACAGACCUGGCCAGUACAACCCAUAUUUAUGCUGCGGUAGAGCUACUUCCCAGAUACAAGUUGACAGCUUUGCAUGCUUAGAAGAAAACCGCCUUUGGUUUAUAGUUCGCAAACAAAAGGAAUUAAGAUCUGAAAAUUUUCAAACGAUUAUGGAUGCUGUAGGUGAGGGUUGUAUUGAUGGAGAGAAAAUAGGUCGUAAAACUGUGCUCCCAGGGUCCUUUACAGGAGGUAUGAGAUACUAUGUUCAGCACUAUCAGGAUGCUAUGGCCAUCUGCAGAGUGCAUGGUGGUCCUGAUCUCUUUAUUACUUUUACUUGCAAUUCUAAAUGGCCAGAAAUUGCUGAGGCACUCCGUUUUGAACCUGGACAAUGCCCAGCAGACCGUCCAGACAUUGUCAAUAGGGUUUAUAAAAUGAAACAAGACCAACUCAUUGCUGAUAUUAAGAAGGGAAAAGUUUUUGGACCAGUUGUGGCAGGUAUUUUUCUUUUCCCAACAGUAUGCAGAACAAUAAAAUAUGUUAGCUCUUAGUAUAACCAAUUUUUUGCUCUGUUGCAGUGCUACACAGUACUGAGUUUCAAAAGAGAGGCCUACCACAUGUACACUGCCUUACAUGGCUAAAAAACAAAAGCAAAGUAGAUACACAAUCCAUUAUAGAUUCUUACAUUAGUGCUGAAAUUCCUGACGUUCGUACUGACCCACUAGGAUAUGCGCUUGUAGAAGAAUUUAUGAUGCAUGGUCCAUGUGGCACUAUGAAUGAUAAAUGCCCUUGCAUGAAAAAAGGUUCAUGCUCAAAACAUUAUCCAAAGCCUUUUAACAAUGAGACAUCAAUUGAUCAACAAGGUUUUCCGAUUUAUAGACGUCGUGAUGAUGGACGUUAUAUAUACAAAAAUGAUUUCAAACUUGACAACAAAUCUGUAGUUCCGUACAACCUGAAGCUUUUGAAAAAAUACCAAUGCCAUAUAAAUGUUGAGUGGUGCAACAAAACAAAAAUUGUAAAAUACCUAUUUAAGUAUGUCACAAAAGGAAAAGACAGAUCCCGAGUUGUAUUUGAGACUAUUAAAGGUGGUACUGGUAAAGGUGAAAUUAAGAAAAGUAGGGAGAUUGAUGAAGUCCAAGAAUACUUAGAUUGCAGGCACUUGGUCCCUCAUGAUUCACUGUGGCGUAUAUAUGAAUUCCCUCUGCACUGCAAAAUGCCAACGGUUGAAAGAUUAGACAUACAUUUACCUGGCAUGAACUCUGUUACUUACAAAUCAAAUUCAAACCUGCAUUCUAUUGUGAAAAAUUCUAAGCACUUCAAGAAAACUAUGCUAACUGAAUGGUUUGUUGCAAACAAAAAAUUUCCACAAGCUCGCCAUUUAGCGUACUGUAAUUUCCCAACUGAAUGGAACUGGCAAGCAACGGAAAAAAUCUGGAAAAGAAAACCCACCAAAAGAACACCCACUGCUGCUACUAAGAUAGGUCGUGUAUAUUAUGUCCAUCCAUCUGCUGGUGAGCGUUUCUACCUUAGAAUGCUUUUAAUGGUUGUUCAAGGUGCAUCUAGCUAUCAAGAUUUACGUACAUUUAACACUAUCACCUAUGAAACCUUCAAAGAAGCUUGUGCAGCCCGGGGAUUGUUAGGCGAUGAUACUGAAUGGUACACUGCAUUCGAUGAAGCUUUAGUAUGGGCAACAUCACGCCAGCUUAGGCAUCUCUUCGUAACCAUUAUUUUAUUCUGUAGCGUAGAUGAUGAACGUGCAUUUUAUAACAAAUAUUACUCAUAUUUAACCGAUGAUAUUCAGCUUAGGUACCGUGGUUUGUUAAAUGACCCAUCUUUUAUCGUGCCAGCAGACCAGUUACAGGAUAUGUUAAUAGAGGAACUAAAUCACCUUUUUAUGCGCAAUGGUUCUUCCAUAAGCAAUUUCAAUCUGCCACAAGCACGUUCAGUAGGUUCUGGAAGUCAGACUAAUAGGCUAAUUGAAGAAGAGUUUUCAUAUGAUUUAGCUGACCUGUUAGAAACUUCCGCUCAAUUAAACUCUAAGUUAAAUGCACACCAAAGAAAGGCAUAUGAAGAGAUUGUUGAUUGUGUUAUGAAUAAAAAACCUGGGUUUUUCUUCCUAUCGGGACAUGGUGGGACUGGUAAAACCUUUGUUUGGAAAGCUAUAUUGUCUUUCAUUCGUUCGAGAGGCAAAAUAGCACUUGCAGUUGCGUCAUCAGGAGUAGCUUCUCUUUUACUGCAAGGUGGCAGAACUGCUCACUCACGAUUUAAGAUCCCAAUAGACAUUGAUGAAACAACACUGUGCGAUGUGAAGAGGGGAACCAAUCUAAGUGACCUUCUCAUCCAAUGUUCUCUCAUAAUAUGGGAUGAGGCUCCUAUGACACAUAGGCACUGCUUUGAGACGCUAGAUAGGACUUUACGAGACAUCCUGGGGCAGUCAAAUCCUGAAGCAGCGACUGUACCCUUUGGUGGAGUGCCUGUCGUCCUUGGUGGGGACUUCAGACAGAUCCUACCUGUAAUCGAAGGUGGCUCACGUGCCCAAAUUGUUGGUGCAACAAUCACAAUAUGCGUCUAUCAAACCCAAAUUUACUGCCUGAACAACAGUUAGAGCUAAAAGAAUUCAGUGAAUGGGUCUUAGCUGUAGGAGAUGGCAAGGUUAAUGAAAAUGAUGGUGACUUACAUUUAAAUAAAGACGAGAUAAAAAUACCAAAUGACCUUCUUCUCAAUUGUAAUGGUGAUGCAAUAGGUGCUAUAAUAGACGCAGUAUAUGGUGACCUACAGACUAGAUUUUCAGAUGUAGAGUACCUCAGUAGUCGUGCUAUUGUUUGUCCAAACAAUGAUACCGUUGAUGCUAUCAACGAACGUGUAUUACAAAUGCUUCCUGGUGACUCUUUUGAACAUUUAAGCUGCGAUUCUAUGUCAAAAAUGAGUGACAAGCUAGGAGACUUUGAUGAACUAUAUAAUACUGAAUAUUUAAACUCAAUUACAAUCAGAAAUU